AUGGCGAAGACAAAGCCAGAGGGAACACCAAAAGAUGCAAAAGCGACGAAGCAAGCGACCUUAGCUUCAUUCUUCGGAGCACCCAAACCUGGUCCGAGACCACCCUCUACCAAUCCAACUUCAUCCCCUGCAACGACUAACAACGGUACCAGAAGGCCUUCUUCAGCUGCUGCUGGCGUGGGCGGUCCAGCCAGUUCACCUGUGGUUCGAACUACCCAAGGGAAAGAUCUCGUCAACAAGUCUAGUCCUUUAGUAGGGAGGAAACAGAACUUCGUGGAGAGUGAAGAUGAACUUACCCCACCCCCUGAAUCUGGACCUUCAUCAGCUAAAGCCAAUUCGAGCGAGAAGAAGAAAGUGAUACAGGUGGAUGAGGAUAAAGAGAUGGAUGAUGGUGCGGAAGAAGCGGAUGGAUCGCCUAUCAAGCUUGGACGAAGGGCAAAGAGGAAAGUGAUGUAUGUAGAGUCUGACUCCGAUGGAUCCGAGGAAGAGGUGGUUCCCAAAGGAAUGUCAGGUCGAAAACCUAGAAAGAGCUUGAAGGAAGAUUCAGAUGGGGAUGAUUUUGUGUUGAACGAAGAGGACGAUGCAGCCAUGGCUGCCGCUGUCGACGAGUACGAGGCAAAAGGAUUUGUUGCUCCCAAGCCUGCACCCAAGAAAGCCACCACGUCAUGGUACGACAACAACGCCUCUACUUCGGCGGAAGCCUCUUCCUCAUCCGCUCGACCUGGUCCACGUCCACUAAUCAAUAAUUCUCGGCACAAUAGCGGCAGUGGAGUUUCUAGAUCAAAUGACCCCGACGCUAUCUUUUUAACCCAAGCUGAGCGGUCAAAGUUGGAAGCCAAGGAACAAAAACGAGAAGCGGAGCAGCGUUAUGCUUUCCUGGAGAACCCACGGGAUAAGGAGGGCCACACGCCUGACCACCCCGAUUAUGAUAAAAGAACGGUCCAUAUUCCAAAGGCGAGAUUCAAUAUUGCAGACAAACAGAACGGCUUUACAGCCUUCGAAGCUCAAUUUUGGAACAUCAAACAAGAUCACUUUGAUACGGUACUUUUCUUCCAGAAGGGGAAGUUUUAUGAGCUGUAUGAGAACGAUGCAGAUAUCGGACAUCAGGAGUUCGACCUGAAAUUGACAGAUAGAGUGAACAUGAAGAUGGUCGGGGUACCAGAACAAUCACUCGAAUUCUGGAUUCACAAGUUCCUGGCUGCUGGUCAUAAAGUGGGAAUUGUCGAACAGGCCGAGACUGCUAUCGGGCAACAAAUUCGAAAUAAAGGUAAAGGCAAAAACAAUGAACCGAAGAUAGUCAACAGAGAGCUUCGUCAAGUGUUCACAAAUGGUACGAUCGUCGAUGGAGCAUAUCUCAGCAGUGACGAAGCGAAUCAUUGUGCAUCUAUCAAGGAAUUUGUGUCUGAUCUCGAUGGUACUUCCGCCUUUGGUGUAUGUAUACUGGACGCCUCGACUGGGUUAUUCGAUAUAAGCGCUUUUGAAGAUGAUGUCUGUCGAACGAGAUUGGAAACGAUGUUCCGUCAAAUCAGACCGAGAGAACUGGUGUAUGCCAAGGGCAACCUAUCGGUCAAUACCACUCGUAUGUUGAGGAACAUCCUCCCCUCAUCAACUCAAUGGCAAUCUUUCAAAGAAGGAAAAGAGUUCUGUUCGGCUCAGGAAACUCUUGAACAGCUAUCUGAAUUCUUCGCUGUUGACCAUGACGAAAUAGCAGCUGAUAAAGCACCAUUACCCGAUGCUAUUCGACAAUAUCAGGAGAAUAGAGUUGCCAUGGAGGCACUUGGGGGCUUGCUGUUCUACCUUCGAAGUUUGUCGUUGGACAAGGACCUGGUAUCGCAGAGUAAUUUCAAUGUGUAUGAUCCGAUCAAAGAAGGGAAAAGUCUGGUAUUGGAUGGUCAAACGCUGGCACAUAUGGAGGUGUUAGUCAAUGGAGAUGGAGGAAGUGAAGGAACAUUGUUAGAUUUACUUCAAAGAUGUAUCACCCCGUUCGGCAAGCGAUUAUUUCGAAUUUGGUUGACGGCUCCUCUUAGAGAUGCCAAAGCCAUCAAUGAUAGACUGGAUGCCGUCGAAGAUCUCAUGAAUAAUGAGACCUCGUUCUCAAACGAGUUCCGCUCGUUGUGUAAGGGUAUCCCCGAUUUAGAGCGAUUGAUCUCUCGUAUACACGCUGGAAGUGAGAAAGAGAGUAAAUUCCUCAAUGUGAUGGAUACAUUCGUAGCUUUACAACAUGGUGUCGAGAAACUACGUACCAUAGCGGAAAACUUCACCUCUCCCAGUGUAGCAGGUCUACUUCGUUCCGUACCUGAUUUAUCCGCUCACAUCGAGCAUAUACAAUCUAUGUAUGUGGUCGAAGAGAACGAUAAAUCCAUUUUGAUUCUACCUCAACCUGGUGCAGACGAAGAAUGUGAUUCUGCAGAUGCUACCGUUGCAGAGAUCGAACAACGUUUGGAUGCUUAUUUGGAACACGCUAAAAAAGAUGUAGAUGCUCAGAACAUAAGAUGGUGGCACAGCGCACAAGGCGCCAAGGAGAUCUUUCAGAUCGAAGUACCAAUCGUCAAAGACAAGAUCCCGAAAGUACCGAACAAUUGGAUCAAACAGAGUGGAACUAAAAAUUGCACUCGAUAUUACACUCCGCGACUCUUAACGCUGAAGAACGAGAUCCAAGAAGCAAGAGAUAUUGCGAAUACGACCAGAGCAGAUUUCUACAAGAGGCUUUUAGCUGAAUUUGAUAGAGAUCGAGCGGUCUGGUUGAAGACGGUACGAGUUAUCGCCGAAUUGGAUUGUUUGGUAUCGCUAGCAAAAGCAUCAACCGAUAUGGAAGACCCCAAAUGUCGACCUGAGAUUAUCGAAUCUCCAUUCGCUUUUGUCGAUUUCGAAGAACUGAAACAUCCCUCGAUGUCCGCCCGGGGAGAGUUCAUACCGAACAAUGUCCAGUUGGGUGACACUCGACCUAGACAGGUGCUGUUGACCGGACCGAACAUGGCUGGUAAAUCGACUUUACUGAGGAUGACGGCUGCCGGUGUCAUACUUGCUCAGUUGGGAUGUUAUGUUCCUGCCUCCAAGGCUAGGCUGAGUCCUAUUGAUAGGAUCCAGACGAGAAUGGGAGCAUAUGAUAAUAUGUUUGCAAGUGCCUCAACGUUCAAAGUUGAAUUGGAUGAAUGUGCCAAGAUACUUCGAGAUGCUGGACCCAAAUCAUUGGUCAUUCUGGAUGAACUCGGUCGAGGUACUUCCACCUACGACGGUAUGGCGAUUGCAGGAGCGGUCCUGCAUCAACUUGCCACACAUACUCUACCGUUGGGAUUUUUCGCCACCCACUACGGUUCCCUCACCGAUGAUUUCACUUAUCAUCCAAAUAUUCGAAAGAUGCAUAUGCAGACUCACGUGGAUGAUCAGCUUCAACAAGUCGUCUUCCUUUACAAGUUGAUUUCUGGAGUAGCAGAAAGUAGUCAUGGUACUCAUGUCGCACACAUGGCGGGUGUACCUGCCGAAGUGGUAUUGAGAGCUCAAUCAAUAUCUGAUCAAUUCUUCAACGACUUCAAGAUGAAGUUGACCCAAAAGCGAAAAUCGUCAUUACCUAUACCCGGUCAAGCUGAUUUCGCCUGGUUGAUGAGGUUGGUCAAUGGACUUAUGAGAGAUGAUGAUAAGACCAAGGCUGGCUUGGGCGAACAACUGGAGGUACUCAGGGAAUGUAUUGGGCGGUAUGAGAUGAGUUAG